AUGGUUUCUCUGGUUCUUCACAAGUGGAUGAGGAAUACUUCACCGGAGAUGCUGCUGUUGGUGCCGAUAUUGUGGCUUUUACCUCUGACCGGAGCGGCUCCGUCUCAGACUACCGAGCAGCUGGACAUGGGGGUUGACUGGCUGAGUAAGUUUGGCUACCUCCCGCCCCCUGACCCAGUGACUGGUCAGCUUCAGACCAAGGAGGCCCUGACCAAGGCCAUCAAAGCCAUGCAGAAGUACGGAGGGCUGAAGGAGACCGGAGUCUUAGACCACGCCACACUGGAUCUAAUGAAAACACCCAGAUGUUCUCUGCCAGAUGUUUCUGAGGCAGAGGUGACAAUGGGCCGCAGGAAACGAGGCUUGAACCCUCAGAACAAAUGGAGUAAGAGGCAUCUAUCCUGGAGAGUGAGGACCUUCCCUAAGGACUCGGCCUUACUGGGCAGGGACACUGUUCGAGCCCUGAUGUACUACGCCCUGAAGGUCUGGAGUGACAUCGCACCACUAAACUUCCACGAGGUGGCCGGCAGUGAUGCAGACAUUCAAAUCGACUUCACUAAGGCCGACCACAAUGAUGGAUAUCCCUUUGAUGGGCCAGGGGGCACCGUGGCGCACGCAUUUUUCCCUGGAGAGAGGUUCGCAGCUGGGGAUACACACUUUGAUGAUGAUGAGGCCUGGACCUUCAGAUCUCCAGACUCUCAUGGGAUGGAUCUGUUUGCAGUUGCAGUCCAUGAGUUUGGUCACGCCAUCGGCCUGGUCCACACCUCAGCCAUAGAGUCCAUCAUGAGACCGUACUACCAGGGACCUGUAGGAGACCCUCUGAAAUACGACCUACCUUAUGAAGACAAGGUCCGCGUCUGGCAGCUCUACGGCGUCAGAGACUCAGUGUCCCACACAAUCCGACCAGGCAACCCCUCCCAGACGGCUGAACCUCCUGUCCUGCUGGACCUUCCUGAAAACAGAUCCACUCUCCUGCUGGCACAAGAUGCCCCAGACAGAUGCACCAGUCACUUUGACGCCGUGGCCCAAAUACGAGGGGAGGCCUUCUUUUUCAAAGGGAAGUACUUUUGGCGACUAACUCGAGAGAAGCACCUGGUGUCUCUGCGUCCCGCCCAGAUCCAUCGCUUCUGGAGGGGCCUCCCACCCAAUCUGGACAGUGUGGAUGCUGUGUAUGAGAGGCCCGGGGACCACAAAAUAGUCUUUUUCAAAGGUCUAAAGUACUGGGUAUUUAAAGACAAUAACGUGGAGGAGGGCUACCCUCGACCAAUCAGUGACUUCGGCCUACCCUUGGAAGGAGUGGAUGCAGCCUUUGUUUGGCUGCACAACGACAAAACCUACUUCUUCAAGGGCAACCACUACUGGCGCUACGAUGACCACCUGAGACGUAUGGACCUGGGCUACCCUAAAGACAGCACGCUUUGGAAGGGGCUGCCGCCACAAAUGGACGACGCCAUGAGGUGGUCUGAUGGCUCGUCCUAUUUCUUCAAGGGGAAGGAGUACUGGCGAGUGCCGAGCAGCGACAUGGAGGUGGAGGCAGGAUACCCCCGCCUCAUCGCUAAAGACUGGCUGCUGUGCACCCAGAUGCAGUCGGACUCUCCGGACACAGAGCCCAAAAGCACGGAGACGAGAGUCAACGUGCACCAUCACCCAGACCACGCAGAGAAUGGAUACGAGGUGUGCUCCUGCACCUCUGACACCGCCUCGCCUUUGGGCGCCCGCCCCUCCCCUUCUACCCUGUGGCUGCUGCCACCUCUCUGGACGCUCUCGCUGGCCCUCCGCUCUGAACUGCUAUGAUGCCAAAGCAUGGGACAAAGUUCUUGAACUGGGUGCAGGAAAGAAACUCUUUGGUGGAGGGCCAGUCGACACUCAGUCUAAAUACAAACUGGAACAUCUUGUUCAUAUAAAUAUCAAUUGGUAUGUUUUUGCUGGGUUUUUUUUGCUGUUAUUUAUUUCACGUGCCAUUGGAUGGGGUCAUCUGAAGCGCCUUGCAGUAUGAGUAGUACACACAGUUAUCAUUGAUCAUACUAGGGUAUGUCUAGUGGGCAUCAAUUCACUGACAUUGAUAAUGCUGGUACCGUGCAACGCAGAACCAUAAGUUCUAUCUCUUAGUUUCCUCUUAAAUGGCUAAACUAUCUCAUCUUUGCAAGGAAUUGAGUGGGACUGUUCAGAAAUAUCUUCACAUGAAAUACAACAGUAUUCCAACAGCACCCAUAAAACAUUUAAACAAAAAUUUAAAACAAGUUUACAGCAAUAAUGAAGGGCAUCCUGGGAUGUAGGCAUGUCAGUUUUCCCCCCUGUUUUCAGUGUUUAUGCCAAGCUAAGCUAACCAAGCCCUAGCUGUAGCCUCAUAUUUUUCAUAUUUUUACAGAUAUAUGACAUCAAUCUUCUCAUCUAACU